UACUGGGACCUGACGAUGCUGCUCCUGAUGGUUGGGAACCUGAUCAUCAUCCCCGUGGGCAUCACCUUCUUUAAGGACGAGAACACCACCCCGUGGAUCGUGUUCAACGUGGUUUCGGACACGUUCUUCCUCAUUGACUUGGUCCUCAAUUUCCGCACAGGGAUCGUGGUGGAGGACAACACGGAGAUCAUCCUCGACCCGCAAAGGAUUAAGAUGAAAUACCUCAAGAGCUGGUUUGUGGUGGAUUUCAUUUCCUCCAUCCCGGUAGACUAUAUUUUCCUCAUUGUGGAAACCCGGAUCGAUUCAGAGGUUUACAAGACGGCCCGAGCCCUGCGGAUCGUCCGGUUCACCAAAAUCCUCAGCCUUUUGCGGCUCCUGAGACUUUCGAGGCUCAUCCGUUACAUCCACCAGUGGGAAGAGAUCUUUCACAUGACCUAUGACUUGGCGAGCGCGGUGGUGCGGAUUGUGAACUUGAUCGGCAUGAUGCUGCUCCUGUGUCACUGGGAUGGCUGCCUCCAGUUCUUGGUGCCGAUGCUCCAGGACUUCCCGGAUGACUGUUGGGUCUCCUUAAAUCGCAUGGUGAAUGACUCCUGGGGAAAGCAGUAUUCCUAUGCGCUGUUCAAGGCCAUGAGCCACAUGCUGUGCAUCGGCUACGGGCAGCAAGCCCCAGUGGGCAUGUCUGACGUAUGGCUCACUAUGCUGAGCAUGAUCGUCGGGGCCACCUGCUAUGCCAUGUUCAUCGGCCACGCCACCGCCCUCAUCCAGUCUUUGGAUUCCUCCCGGCGGCAGUACCAGGAGAAGUACAAGCAAGUGGAACAGUAUAUGUCCUUCCAUAAACUCCCAGCAGAGAUGCGCCAGAGAAUCCAUGACUACUAUGAACAUCGCUAUCAGGGCAAGAUGUUUGAUGAGGAAAGCAUCCUGGGAGAACUGAGUGAACCCCUGAGGGAGGAGAUCAUCAACUUCAACUGUCGGAAGCUGGUUGCCUCCAUGCCGCUGUUUGCCAACGCAGACCCCAAUUUCGUCACUUCCAUGCUGACGAAGCUGCGUUUCGAGGUGUUCCAGCCUGGGGACUACAUCAUCCGGGAAGGGACCAUCGGGAAGAAGAUGUACUUUAUCCAGCACGGGGUGGUCAGCGUGCUCACCAAGGGCAACAAGGAGACCAAACUGGCUGAUGGUUCCUACUUUGGAGAAAUUUGCCUGCUGACCCGUGGCCGGCGCACAGCAAGUGUGAGAGCGGACACUUACUGCCGUCUUUACUCCCUCUCGGUGGACAACUUUAAUGAAGUGCUGGAGGAGUACCCCAUGAUGAGGAGGGCUUUUGAAACCGUUGCGUUGGACCGGCUGGACAGAAUUGGCAAGAAGAACUCCAUCCUUCUCCACAAGGUCCAGCACGAUCUCAACUCGGGGGUCUUCAAUUACCAGGAGAACGAGAUCAUCCAACAAAUUGUGCAGCACGACCGAGAGAUGGCCCACUGCGCUCACAAUGUCCAAGCCGCUGCUGCAGCAGCCGCAGCCGCGUCCACCCCAACGCCAGUUAUCUGGACACCGCUUAUCCAGGCCCCGUUGCAAGCUGCUGCGGCCACUACAUCGGUAGCAAUAGCGCUGACCCAUCACCCUCGCCUUCCAACCGCCAUUUUCCGCCCGCCCGUCUCCGUUUUGGGUUCCCUGGGGCAGCCGCCCAACCAAACGCCGAGGCACUUGCGAAGGCUUCAUUCCUUGGUGUCAUUGGCUGGGCCUUCUGUCAUGGGCUCCCCUUCGAGCACGCCGUCUCAACAGCAUACCCCGGGAGCUGAAACCCUGUCAUCAUCCUCCUUCCAGAUCCAGCAGCUGGCAGGGUUUACAGCCGCCGCGGGCUUAGGCCAGUUCCACCGGGCUUCCGCUGGUUCUCCUCCCACUGGCUCGGUUCAGCAAGCCUUUGGCAGCCCGUCCUCUACAGGGUUAAGCCAACCGCAGCUGGGACCUUCAGAUCCGCCUGAAGGGACGGCGUUGGACAGCAACCUGUCCGGCGGCUUUGGCCCCUUCCAGAAGGCCCCCGCUGCUCGGGCGCCGUCUACUACCCCUGCCGCCGCUGCCUUCACUCAACAAUCUUCGAAUCCACCCAGUAGCCCCCUCGGCCACUUGCCACCCGCUUGCAGCCCCCUUCAAGGGGAACAGCUGCAACCGCUCUCAGGACCUGGAGCGCUAGGAGGGACGAACCACCUCCCGUUGACCCCCUCGUCCAGUCCUCCACCACCUUCUAGCUUAAGCCAGCUGACACAGGACUCCGGAGGCUCCCCUCCGACCUCGUGUCAAAGCCAGUCAAGUGCAUUAGAACCUUCCGCCGCGCCCGCAACAGUCACUCAGUUGCACCCCGAAAGAUCACCCUUUGCCUCUACGUCUCCAUUGAAACAGCCGUCCAUCCCUCCUCCUUGGUACCAGCUCCUUCCAGGCCUUAGCCCUCCUAGUCAAAGCCCCACACCCAGGACUUUGCAGGGUGGUCCUCCGGGGCCUCUGGGCUCCCACGGAUCGCUGCUGACGCCUCAGACUUCCAGCCCACCUCCACAGAUCCUCCAGCCCAGGAGCACGCCCUCGCUUCCACCAGGACGAUUGACCCAAGACCUCAAGCCGAUUUCUGCUUCCCAACCGUCUCUACCCCACGAAGUGGCUCAGACUUUCAGCCAAGGCUCUUCGCACUGCAAGCUUCAUCUUCAGAAAGUGAAAUCUAUGGUUUAA